AUGCAGUCAGAGAUGAAUAUGGGAGAGGCACGGCACAUGGGAGAGAAGCAAAAAAUGAGCGUACUGGAGGAGCGAGUGCAGUGGAAGACAGAAGCGGGUAUAAAAUGGGAGGGGCAGCAGAAUCAGGAGCAGGAGCAGCAGGAGAAGCAGGAGCAGCAGGAGCAGCUAUACGGGCACCAGGAACAGAAGCAAAUGAAACGGCAGAUGCAGCGAGUUUGUACUAUCCAGCAGCUGAGCGAGGCGCCAACAUUCCCAAUAACAGCAUGCUUGGUGUGAGCACAGGGCCGGGGUUGGACACACUGAUGCUGCCGGAGUCAUUCUUCCCAUCACCUGCAGUGGAAUGCUCAACGGGAGGGACACAGACAGAUGGAGCAGCAGCAACAGCAGUAUCAACGGCGGCGACGGCUGCAUUUGGCACGUAUGUAGAUGUAGUAGGGAAGCCACAAACGGAACUUCAAGGUAUCAGCAGCACCAGCAGUAGCAGGGGGUUUGGCAGGUGGCUCUCCCCCAAGAGGAGUCAUGAUGAGGUGAUGCUUUUUGAGGCGGCUGAAAAAGAAUAGCUGUGAUGAGGAAAUGCUGAGUCAUGAUGAUGGUCGCUACCCCUUCGUGGCUGGUGGAUUUUCUCUGGUUUUUCAAAUGACCCAGGUAUCAU